UUACCUUCUCUAAGCUUAAGUUGAUAAAAGAGAGAAAAGUCAGUUUGGUGGGACUUCUUAAUCAUUUCUUCGAGGAAACCAAAGAAUAUGUCAUAUCUAACUAUGCACAUUUCAGAGUUUUAUUUGUCUUGGAUGGAUUGGACACUUCUGAACUUCCUCUUGACUUCAACAACAGCGAUGUCUUGACAGAUGUCAGAAAGCCAGCCUCAGUGGAUGUGCUACUGACAAACCUCAUCAAAGGAAACCUGCUUCCUUCUGCCCAGCUCUGGAUAACCUCCAGACCUUCAUCUGCUAAACAUCUACCUGAAGACUCAUUUGACAAGGUGACAGAAAUACGAGAGAAGCCUGAUAUCACCAGUCAACGCAACCUCAAAUCUCAGCUGAAGGAGCAAUUUGCCCGGGUGUCUGAGGGGAUUGAUAGGCAGAAAACAUCUGCUCUUCUGAAUGAGAUCUACACAGAUCUCUACAUCAUAGAGGGGGAGAGGGGAGAAGUCAAUGCUCAGCAUGAGUCCAGACAGGUUCAAGAGGCGAAAUACAAACCAGAAGAAACACCAAUUAAAUAUCAUGACAUCUUCAAAUCGGGAGAAAAUAAACCCAUUAGAACUGUGCUAACUAUUGGAGUGGCGGGCAUUGGAAAAACAUUUGCAUCAAUGAAGUACAUGCUGGACUGGGCGGAGGGUACAGCCAAUGAAGACAUAUAUUUCACAUUUCCACUUCCAUUCCGGGAGCUGAACUUGAGAAAAGAGGGCGAACACAGUUUUGAGGAACUUCUUCAUCAAUUCUUUCCCACUAUGAAGAAAUCAGAAAUAAAGGACUAUGACAAGUAUCAAAUUCUGAUUGUCCUGGAUGGCUUGGAUGAAUGUCGCCUUGAUCUUAACUUCAGUGAAUGUGUGGAUUGGACAGAUGUGAGAGAGGUAACUUCAGUAAGUGUUCUGCUAGCAAACCUUAUCAAAGGAAACUUGCUUCCUAAAGCUCAAAUCUGGAUCACAUCCCGACCUGCCAUAUCCAAUAUUAUCCCUGCUGAUAAAGUUGCCCGGGUUACAGAGGUCCGAGGAUUCAAUGAUGACCAGAAGGAGGAGUACUUCAGGAAGAGAUUUAGUGAUAAGGAUAAGGAUUUGGCAGAGAAAAUCUUGUCACAUGUCAAGAAAUCAAGAAGCCUUUAUAUCAUGUGUCACAUCCCAGUCUUCUGUUGGAUCACUUCACAAGUUCUGGAGGACUUAUUUAAACUACCCCCAGAAAAAGAAGAAGAAGAAGAGAAGAUGCCCAAGACUCUGACUGACAUGUACAUACACUUUCUUUUGCUGCAAUGCAGACAGGCUAAUGUGAAGUAUGGAGAAGAGGGGACAAGUGAGAGUUCUGAAGCAGAUUCAUGCUGGAAUACAAGGAACAAGGAAACAGUCCUAUCUUUAGGAAAACUGGCUUUCGAGGAACUAGAGAAAGGAAACCUUCUCUUCACCGAAGAAAACCUGGCAGACUGCGGUACUAACAUAGAAAAAACUGCGGUUUUCUCAGGGUUGUUCACUCAGGUCAAACGAGAAGAAUGUGGGCUGUACCAGAAGAAGUUUUUCUGUUUUGUCCAUCUGAGCAUUCAAGAGUUUCUGGCAGCUUUUUAUGUCUCUCACACAUUCAGUAACAAAUGUGAAAAUCUGCUUGCAGACUCUCCUGCAUCAGACUUCUACAAGACAGCAGUGGACAAGGCUUUAGAUAGCAAAAAUGGAGACUGGGAUCUGUUUCUCCGCUUCCUGCUUGGUCUCUCUCUGGAGACUAAUCAAAAUCUACUGCAAGAGGUGCUGAAAAAGACAGAAAAUAACAAGGCGACAAACAAAGAAACAAUUAAGUACAUCAAAGGGAAGAUCAAUGAAGAGAUCAGUGAUGCAGAUAAAAAGAUCAAUCUUUUCCACUGUUUGAAUGAGCUGAAUGAUCAUUCUCUUGUUAAAGAAGUCAAAAAGAAACUACGGUCUCAAAGGUUUGAAAAUUUUUCUGCCUCCCAGUGGUCGGCUCUGACCUUUGUGCUGCUGAUGUCAGAUGAAAAUCUUGAUGUGUUUGAUCUGAAAAAGUACCUGAAAUCAGAGAAAGUUCUUCUGGGAAUGUUGCCAGUGGUCAAAUUCUCCAAAACUACUUCGCUGAGUUGGUGCGAGCUCACUGAGGAGUCCUGCAAAGGUCUAACAUCCUCAGUCCUCAAGGCUGCAUCCUCUAACCUCACAAAUCUGGACCUGAGUCAUAAUGACCUGCUGGAUUCAGGUGUGGAGCUACUUGGCGAAGGCCUAAAGAGUGUACAUUGUAAACUGGAGAUUCUCAAGCUGUCAGGUUGUCAGGUGACAGAGAAAGGCUGCUCUGUCCUAGCCUCUGCUAUCAAGUCCAACACAGCUUCUCACCUGAAACAUCUGGAUCUCAGUUACAAUCACCCAGGAGACAACGGGGAAAAGGAGCUCUCUGCUAUACGUGAUGAUUCAAAUAUGAAGCUGAUGACACUGUGUUUGGACCAUUGUGGAGCGCAUCGGUUAAAGCCAGGACUGAAGAAAUAUGUUGCAGACCUGAGGUUCAAUGAGGACACAGCAAGCAGGAGGCUUGUUCUUUGUGAAGGGAACAGAAAAAUCAAAACUGUACACAAGGUGGAGGAGAAGGUUGCACGACCUGAAAACGACGAAAGGUUUAAGAGGACUCAGGUGUUUUGUGAGGAGGGUCUGCAAGGUCUCUGCUACUGGGAGGUGGAGUGGAAAGGAAUGGUUGGCAUUGCAGUGUCAUAUAGAGAGGUGGGUAGGAAAUGGGACAGAAAUAGUGGCCUAGGAUGCAAUAACAUGUCCUGGAGUCUGCUCUGCUCAGGCAUUGGAUACACUGCCAUACAUGGAAAUACAUCCGAACAAAUUCAACUGUCUCCUUGCCAAAAAAUAGCAGUGUUUCUGGAUUGGGAUGGUGGCUCUCUGAGUUAUUACAGUGUCACAUCAGGAGAGCUGAGCCUCAUACACACCUUCCAUGCCAAAUUCACAAAACCACUCUUCCCAGGCUUCUGGUUUAAGAGAGGCACUGUGACUUUGUGUGAGAUAGAGUGAACACCUCUGAGAUGGGAAAAAGUGAUUGACUUGAUGUUCUACUUGACAUUUUGAUAGAUUAGCAAACUGCAUCAUUUCAGUACCAUAAUAUGAAACAUUACUAUGUUGUGUUGUUUUUCUUUAAUGUUCACACUAUAAGUCAAUAUUAACAUUGCAAAGGAAGAAAUGAAGUGAAACCACUGACUGUUAUAUUAACAAUAUGAUGAUUGUGAAAAUAAAUACAAACUGUUGUAAAACAUCAAGCUGUGAAAUGAAAAACUGUCUUUUUAUGCAAAAUGUUUAUAUCAUUGUCAACAUUAAGUUUUCACAAAUGUUUA